AUGGUCCAAACACUCCCCUUUGCCGAUAUCACCGUCCCCUCGCCGGGCUUCGGUGCAAUGGGCCUCAGUCACGGUCUUGGGUCGAAUCUCAGUCUCGAGGAGGCGGAGCCUGUGCUUCUCAAGGCGAUUGAACUGGGAUGUACCUUUUGGGAUACAGCUGUAGUCUACAAAGCCGGUGUAAACGAAAAGCUUCUCGGCGACUUCAUUAGAAAGCAUAACGUCCGCGACAAGGUCUUUGUCGCCUCGAAAUGCGGCAUCGACGUCUUUGGCAGCGGCGGCGUAACAAACUCGGCUGCGCAUAUCAAGGAGUAUAUCGAGGGCACGAUUGAGCGGCUCGGGUUCACGCCUGAUCUUUACUAUCUGCAUCGGAUUGAUCCUAAUACGCCCGUUGAAGAGUCAAUCCCGGCCCUUGACGAGCUCCGCAAGGCUGGGAAGACGAAAUAUAUCGGUCUCUCCGAGUGUUCUGCUGCGACUUUGCGAAAGGCGAAUUCAAUCGCCAAAAUCGACGCCAUCCAAGGCGAAUACUCCGCCUUUGAGACCAUCCACGAAACAGACGGCCUUAUCGACACAGCCAAGGAGCUGGGCGUUGCAUACGUAGCCUACAGCCCGCUGGGCCACGGAUGGCUCGUCGACAAUUUUGACUACAAAUCACCGGAUGACUUUGCACCGGGUGAUUUCCGACGGAGUAGCCCCAAGUUCCAAGGCGAAAACUUCUACGCGAACCGCGCAAUCGUCGAGGAGAUCAAGUCACUCGCGGCAAAGAAAGGGUGCAGCAUUUCGCAGAUCGCGCUCGCGUGGGUUGCCGCGCAGGGGAUGAUUGCCAUCCCUGGGACGACCAAGGCGUCGCGGCUAGAGGAGAACUGGGCGUCGAGGGAGAUUAGCUUGACGGAUGAAGAGUGGAAGGAGAUGAGGCGGAUAAUUGAUGUAGCAAAGCCGAGGGGGAGCCGGUAUGGGGAGGCACAUCAGAAGAUGGUUGGCCAUUAG